AUGAAAGCGUUCUUGGUUUUGGCAGCCGUUGCGGCUAUCGGCUCGGCUAGGCCCGAGGCAGGGUACAGCUACAACGCGCCCGGCGGCGGCGUGACCCGGGCCAGUAUACUCGGCGGGCUUAUGGUGCGGCGGCAUCGGCGGAACCUAUCCCGCGGCUACGACAUCGGAUAUCCAGUUUUGGCAGCCGUUGCGGCUAUCGGCUCGGCUAGGCCCGAGGCAGGGUACAGCUACAACGCGCCCGGCGGCGGCGGUCUCGGCGGGCAUGGGGGCAUCGGCGGAAUCGGCGGCGGCCACGGCGGAUUCUCGUCUGGCGGCGGAUUCUCGUCUGGCGGCGGAUUCUCGUCCGGCAGCCUGAGCUCCAGCAGCUUCGGGAUCGGCGGCGGACUCGGCGGCGGAUCCGGCUUCGGCGGCGGAUCCGGCUUCGGCGGCGGAUCUGGCUUCGGCGGUGGCGCCGGGUUCGGGGGCGGCGCCGGUUUCGGAGGCGGCGCCGGCUUCGGUGGCGCGCCCAUCGUGCAGAAGCACAUCUACGUCCACGUACCCCCGCCAGAGCCUGAAGAGCAGCGCCCCCAGAUCAUCGGCGGCGGCGGAGUGCCCCAGAAACACUACAAGAUCAUCUUCAUCAAGGCCCCGGCACCUCCCGCGCCCGUCGCACCCAUCAUCCCCGCUCAGGCCCAGAACGAGGAGAAGACCCUCGUCUACGUGCUGGUCAAGAAGCCCGACGAGCAGCCCGACAUCACCAUCCCCACCGCCGCCCCCACCCAGCCCUCAAAACCGGAGGUCUACUUCAUCAAGUACAAGACCCAGAAGGAGGGUGGAGCUAUCGGAGGCGGUGCUAUCGGAGGCGGUAUUGGAGGCGGUGCUAUCGGUGGUGGAAUCGGCGGUGGUAGCAUCGGCGGCGUGCUCUCUGGCGGCGGCAUCGGCGGCGGCAUCUCUGGUGGCAGCCUUGGCGGCGGCAUCGGCGGCGGCAUCGGCGGCGGUCACGGUGGCAGCAUCGGCGGCGGUCACGGUGGCAGCAUUGGCGGCGGUGUCUCCGGCGGCCACGGCUCCGGGGUCAGCACCUCGUACGGACCCCCCGGCCAAUCCGGCCCGUAC